AAUGCGGAAGUAGUUCCCACGUGUUACUCAUGUCCAAGUGAUCAGAGGGGUGAUAUAUAACUGACCUAAACCAUAAAAGGACAAUUCUGACUGCUGGGAGGAGAACGUAAUGCAGGAGCAGGGGAGGAAGCAAGGAGACUGCUGAGGAGAUCAUCACCAUAUUCCAGCUGAAGUCGGUUGUGCUUUGUAAAGCUUACUCACCCACCCUCUGAACCUACGGUGCUUCUGGAUUCCAGCCCCUGGGGCACCAUGUCAGACAGUCUGAGCACGCGAGUCACAUUUGCUGUGACAGCCUGGAUGCUCUCCGUGGUCUCCAGUUCUUCCUCUCCAGCAAAUACUUUGCCAGAUAUCAAAAACGAAGAUUUUAUCAAAGACUGUGUUCGAAUGCACAACAAGUUCCGAUCAUCAGUGACUCCAGCAGCCAGUGAUAUGCUGUACAUGACAUGGGACCCACUACUGGCUCAGAUUGCAAAAGCAUGGGCAAGCCAUUGUGAGUUUGCACACAACAAACAGUUGAAACCACCCUACAAGCUGCACCCAAAUUUCACUUCACUGGGAGAAAACCUCUGGACUGGGUCUCUAUCCAUUUUUUCUGUGUCUUCAGCCAUCACAGCCUGGUACGAUGAAGUCAAAUACUAUGAAUUCAAUUCUCGGAAAUGCAACAAAGUCUGUGGCCAUUACACUCAGGUUGUCUGGGCAGAUAGUUACAAAGUUGGCUGUGCAGUACAGUUUUGUCCUCGAGUUUCUGGCUUCCAAGGUCUUCUCAAUGGAGCACAUUUUAUAUGCAACUACGGACCACCAGGCAAUUACCCAACCUGGCCAUAUAAAAGAGGAUCCCCGUGCAGUGCCUGCCCCAAGAGUGACAACUGUCUGGACAAUCUUUGCACUAACCCACAACGAGACAAAGUGACACGUAUGUAUAUAAACCUUAAACUGUUUAAGAUCUAUGUGAGCUGUGUUACUGCAUUAUGGGGAACAACAUUAAUGAGUAUAUUUCAUGUCUGUUUCACAGGUUAUCCUAUUCCAGACCGGCCGAUAUUUCCACGUGACAGAUACACGUCUCUUUUUCUCUUAAUUACUCCACCAAUCCUAAUACUUAGUGUUAUAAUUAUCAUUUGGGCCAAGGGCAAAUAUCCUCAUUUAUUUACUUGGAAAUAAUACAAUCCAAGGAGGAAAAAAAUCCUCAUUCAAACAUGGUGUUUUUUGUUUCAGUAACUACUGGGUGUAUUUCUGAUUUGCAGCAAACCCUUACUCAAAAGAAGAAAUGGUUCAUGUUUACAUUCCACUUUUUAAGAAGCAGCACUGUUUCCAAGCUCCCUCAGCUGUGACUUGCAAUGAGUAAGCUCUAUCCCCCAUACGCCUCAGCUUCUAAAUAUGUAAAGUGGCAAAACUAGAUUUAGGUGAGUCUGAGACACCACACCGGCCCUCAUGAGUAAAAACACUUCUAAAUAA